AGUCUCUUCUCAGUUGUGUCCUCACCAUUGCUCUGCAACUCAGGACAGCAACUUCAGAAACUGCACUGAGAAGAGAAUGACCCUAAACAGAGUUCUGAUUCUGGGGACUCUUACCCUGACCACCGUGAUGAGCCCCUCUGGUGGUGAAGACAUUGUGGCUGACCACUUUGCUUCCUAUGGCGUAAAUGUCUACCAGUCUUAUGGUCCCUCUGGCCAGUACACCCAUGAAUUUGAUGGAGAUGAGGAGUUCUACGUGGACCUGGAGAAGAAGGAAACUGUCUGGCAGCUGCCUGUGUUUCAAACAUUUACCAGUUUUGACCCACAGGGCGCACUGAGAAACUUGGCUGUAGGAAAACUCACCUUGAACGUCCUGACUAAACGGUCCAACUCCACCGCUGCUACCAAUGAGGUUCCUGAGGUGACUGUGUUUCUGAAGUCUCCUGCGAUGCUGGGUCAGCCCAACACCCUCAUCUGUUUUGUCGACAACAUCUUUCCUCCUGUGAUCAAUGUCACAUGGUUGAAGAAUAAGCACUCAGUCACAGAAGGUGUUUCUGAAACCCGCUUUCUCGCCAAGAGGGAUCAUUCCUUCUUAAAGUUCAGUUACCUCACCUUCCUCCCCUCUGCUGAUGAUAUUUAUGACUGCAAGGUGGAGCACUGGGGCCUGGAUGAGCCACUUCUGAAACACUGGGAACCUGAGAUUCCAACCCCUAUGUCAGAGCUGACAGAGACUGUGGUCUGUGCCCUGGGGUUGACUGUGGGCCUUGUGGGCAUCGUGGUGGGCACUGUCUUCAUUAUCCAAGGCCUGCACUCAGGUGGUGCUUCCAGACAUCAAGGGCCUUUGUGAGCCACACCCUAGAAAAGGAGGUGCACCGCAUGCCCACCGACCAGAGCAGAAGAGUGGACUUGAUAGGUGACCUAGCACUGUUUCCUGGCCGAGUUUAUCAUAUUCCUUCUCUCUUCCAACGCUCCUCCUCUCUUCUCUUUUCUGGAACUUAAGGUCCCCCUAUAUCCUUUGAGAGCUCACAUAUCCUUUGAAAUUCUCCCCCCCUUGACUGCCUGAUUUUUUUUUUCUUUUCUCAAUUGUUACCUACAGUGACAUCUCUGGGAUAUUCUACCUAGUUACCCAAUUCUUUGUAACCCUGAUCCAGUAUUCCCAUGGAAACAAUAAAUUUCCCUUUAUGAGAUCUCUUA